CACCUCUUCCGUCGCCUUUUGCUCGCUUUCACCGCCGCCGUAAUAAGAGAGAGACGAUUAAUGGCUUCCGUCCUCUUCGCGGAGCUCCAAUUCCUGCCGCUCCCCUCCUUCGCCGGUCGGCCCAGCGCUCGGCCGCCCUCCCUUCUUCUCCUGCGACACCGGCAAGAUCGCUUCGGUCUUCUCGGCGGCCAUCCCUCGCCCUCCCUUCUCCGCGGCUCCUUCGUCGCCAGGGUUGGCCCAGCCCCGUACCUCCCCGACUUCGAGGCCGCCGAGGGGCUUGCUCGCGAACUGUUCGGCCGGGUGGAGGGCCUCGUCUACACCGUCGCCGAUGCGGCCGUCGCGUCCUCCGAUGCGGCCGCGGAGAGCUCGAAGCAAAGCGGUGACUGGCUCUCUGGGAUCACCUAUUAUCUUGAGACCGUCCUCAAGAUUUUAAAAGAUGGACUGUCAACACUGCAUGUUCCUUAUUCUUAUGGAUUUGCAAUUAUCCUGCUGACAGUUCUUGUGAAAGCAGCUACAUUUCCUUUGACAAAGAAGCAGGUUGAAUCAGCACUAGCAAUGCGAUCAUUGCAACCUCAAGUGAAGGCUAUACAACAACGUUAUGCUGGUGAUCAGGAAAGGAUACAACUGGAAACUGCUCGCUUGUAUAAAUUGGCUGGCAUAAACCCUUUGGCUGGAUGCUUGCCUACUUUGGCAACAAUCCCCAUAUGGAUUGGACUAUAUAGGGCUCUGUCAAAUGUUGCUAAUGAGGGACUCCUUACUGAAGGAUUUUUCUGGAUACCUUCUUUGGCUGGUCCUACUACAAUUGCAGCCAGGCAAAAUGGUAGCGGAAUCUCUUGGCUUUUUCCCUUUGUUGAUGGUCAUCCACCCCUUGGGUGGUCAGAUACAUUUGCUUAUCUUGUUCUGCCAGUGUUACUUGUUAUCUCACAAUAUAUAUCAGCACAGAUCAUGCAGCCAACACAGGGUAAUGAUCCUAGCCAGCAGAAUGCUCAAGCUGUAACAAAGUUUCUUCCGCUGAUGAUUGGUUACUUUGCUCUUUCAGUUCCUUCAGGCUUGAGUCUAUAUUGGCUGACAAACAAUAUUCUGAGCACUGCACAACAAAUAUGGCUUCAAAAGCUGGGAGGUGCCAACAAUCCAGUUCAAGAUUACAUUAAUAGUGCAACCAGAGAUGAAGCCUCCGAGAGGCAGAAGACACCAUCCUUAAUGCAGAAGUCUGUUUCUGAGAUUGAAAUGUCAAAAUCCAGUCAAGGACAACAAGAAGAAAUAUCUGAUGGAUUAAGACGUGGUGAAAGGUUUAAGCAAAUUAAGGAGGAAGAGGCUUGGAGAAGGAAGCAGAGGGAAGAAGAGAAGAAAAGGAUGCAGGAGGGAGCUGAAGAUUCCUCUGUAAUUAUUAUGCAAAGUUUGGAAGCUACAUCAAUUGAUAGCGAUAAAUCAGUUGAGAAAACUGAUAAUAUGGUUUUAAAGAAAGAAACAGAACUGCAUGUGUCUCCGAGUGAAAAUGGAGGGCUUAACUCAAAAACCAUGACCACAAAUAAGGAUGGACUAUUUCUUCAGAACGUCCAUAAGGAACAAGCCGCUUCCAAUGGUGACCAGACUUCAGAAAAUUCCCUUGAUGAAAGAGAUGAAGAGACAGAAAUCGACAAAAUUUAGCCAGUCGACAUUUUCUGACCAACGAAAUCGGCGUAGUAUUGUUGUUUCAUGUGUUUAUUUUAAUGGCAGAGAAGGUGGUCUUUUCUUUACCUAUUCUAUUGGUGGUGUUGCAUCGAGUCCCGACCACCUUGGCAAAAAAUAGUUGUACCUUUUGUACUACAAGAUCAUCAGUUUGGGAAAAAAAAAAAAGGAACUUCUGAGCAGUAGGCAUAAAGUAUUUAGGAACAGCAGCUUAAUGUGAUGAUUAAUUUUGUUUUCUUCAUGGUACCUCAAGCUGGACCUUCACUGUACAGAUGGUAAUGGUUUGGAAUCUUGA